AAAAACCCAUCUUUCCUUUGUCACUCGGAUCUUUCUAGGGCUUCUGACCAAAAAACAAAAAACUUGUUUACUUUCCUUUUUUGUCGAAUUUCAUUCCAUUUCUUGCCCUCAACUUUAACUUCCUUUCCCGUUCCUAGAAUCUCUGUAUUGCUCGUUCGUCCCAGUAUACAUUUUCCUGGAAAGAUUGUCCAGAAUCUGUCGUUUUAUUGCGAUUUUUUUUUGUCUUUGACAAACAGAACUCGGACUCUUGUCUACUGGGUCUCGUCUUCUUGAUUUUCCGGUGGGACAUUUUCUUCUCGGUCAACUUCUCUCCGGGUUCCGAUCUCUGUGGAUCUCGAAGCAGCUGGAAACAAAAUGGUGAGAGGAAAGAUUGAGAUGAAAAGAAUCGAAAACGCGACGAGCCGGCAGGUGACGUUCUCGAAACGGCGAAACGGACUCUUGAAGAAAGCUUACGAGCUAUCAGUUCUUUGCGAUGCCGAGGUUUCUGUCAUAGUCUUCUCUGAGAAAGGCAGACUCUGCGAGUUCUCAAGCUCCGAAAUGCAGAAGACAAUGGAACGUUACCGUAAGUACACAGAUAGCAACAACAAUCAGAUCAGCAAGUCCGGUAACCAAGAUUACAUACAGCUAUUGAAGCAAGAAACAGCAAGCAUGAUCAGAAAGAUUGAGCUCCUUGAAGUUCAUAAGCGGAAGCUAUUGGGACAAGGCCUUGCUUCCUGUUCCAUAGAAGAGCUCCAUGAACUUGAUAGCCAGCUUCAAAUAAGCUUAAGCCAUAUCCGAGCAAGAAAGGCUCUGCUGUUCAACGAGCAGGUGGAGAAACUAAAAACAAAGGAGAAAUUACUGUGGAAAGAGAACACGAGAUUAUGCCAAAAGUAUGGUACAAAUCCAUUGGAAGCACGAGUCCUACAAGACAAGUCACGGGCAAUAACUCCGAGUUUGGAGGUAGAAACCGAUUUGAUCAUCGGUUUACCUGAGAGAAGUUCGUAGCUUUAUAUAAAAUUUGGGAUGGAGAUUCAUGUAAAUUAUUACGAAGAAACAUUUGAAAUAUUUGGAUAACAAGAAAAAAGAAAAAAAAAUAACUCGUAAUGUAUUUUAUAUGGUUUUCAAUCGAUUUAUGUAACCCAAUAAAGAUAGAGAAAUUGCAUUGGUAUGUCUA